AUGGCUGAUCGACCCUCGAAGUCCCAUGCUCUGUGGCGACUGAGGGCUUUUCUCCGACAUGUUGACAUCGCGUCGACGCUUGAAGCAGGGCUUGCGGGCCACCAUGCAGAUGCUUGGGCAGCUGCAGAUGCUGUGGCUUGCGAUCUGCUGAAGCAGCUGACACCUGAUGAGAUUGCUGGCCUGAUCGGCGGGCGAGGCUUCUGGAGCAAUGGUGGCGUACCGCGACUGAAGCUGCCAGCGCUGCAGAUGACUGACGGCCCAAGUGGUGCUCGCGGGCCACUGCCCGGGCUCGCUUCGGCCUGCGUUCCGUGUGGAUCUGCCUUGGGCGCCACCUGGGACCUUGAAUUGUGUCGGAAGAUUGGCGCUCUCCUUGGACAGGAGACUAAGGUGAAAGGUGCUCACAUCCUUCUGGGCCCCACGGUCAACCUUCAACGCCACCCGCUGGGAGGACGUAACUUCGAAUGCUUCUCAGAAGAUCCACAGUUGAGUGCAGCGUUGGCUGCGGCAUACAUUGAGGGCGUUCAGGAGCAGGGCGUUGCAUGCUGCGUGAAGCACUUGGUUGCCAACGACCAGGAGCAUCGGCGCAGCUACAUCAGUGCAGAGGUUUCAGAGAAGGCACUGCGUGAAGUCUAUUUGGUCCCUUUCGAGGCCGCUGUCCAAGCCGGCUGCAUGGCUGUGAUGACGGGGUACAACCGGGUGAAUGGAACCUUCUGCUCCGAAAACCGGUUCCUCUUGCAGGAGAUCUUAAGAAAAGAGUGGGGCUUCAGAGGCUGCGUGAUGAGUGAUUGGACAGGAACUCACAGUGUCUGGGGCUCUCUGGAAGCAGGCUUGGAUCUGGAAAUGCCGGAGGCACCUUCAAUGUUCUACAAGGAUCGUUUGAGCCGCCUUUUCCAUGGAGAUCCCGACGGCCUCGCCGAGAUGACGAAGCCCCGAGCGCUGGCUGUACUCAGAGUGAUGGCGCGGCUAGGCCUCCAAACGGGCAUGCCGACUCCGGCCCCGGCAAACUCGGCGAAUUCACCAGAGCUGCGGGAGCUGCUGGCGAUGGCCGCCGCCGAAUCGGUUGUGCUUCUCAAGAACGGAUCCGGCCCACCGUCAGAUGGGCCGUUGCCGCUUGGCCGUGGACCUGUGGCCGUACUCGGGCCCAGUAGCCGUCGCUUGACAACGCAAGGAGGUGGAAGUGCAGCAGUCGAGGAGAACCCUGGUUCCGUCAAUUUAGUGGAAGCACUGCGACAACGGCUCGGAGAACAUGCUGUUCAUUAUGGCCGGGGAACGGAUGCGGCGACGCGGCUGCUUCCGCCACCUGACCCUGCCGAGCUUCGGGCAGUGGAGGGUGCGGGCUUGCUGAAGGCCGAGUUCGUGGAGACAAGCUCCUGGGAACAACUUCCAAUUCCAGAGGAUCGGCCCGCUGCCGAAGCCGCCAUCCGUGCCUUAAGUUUUGGCUUCUUCACGGGGGUUUAUUAUAAUCAGGAUCCCCCAUCCCGAAAAUUCCGACCUCGGGGGCCCUGGGCCGUCCGCUAUCGCGGUGAACUCACAUCUCGGCACACUGGCAGACAUCAGCUUAGCCUGGCCGGCACGGGUCGAUUCCGUUUGCUUGUGCGCGGCCAGUGCCUCAUCGACGCAGUGGGAGACGGUGAGAGCCUCGAAAUGGGUGGCUUUCUCGGGGAUUUGGGAACGGAGCAGCGCGGGGAGCUGGAGCUUUCGGCUGGCGAGAAGGUGGAAGUGUGCGUGCUGUGGGCUCCCGGGCCCAUCCGGCCUUCGCGGCUCCACCUCGGUUUUCGGCAGAAGCCCUGGGCCUCCGAAGCCGAGUUGCAGGCCGAAGCCACGGAGCUGGCGCGGAGCUGCGAGGCGGCGGUGGUGGUUUUGGGGUCUCCAGGCCAGGAUUCCGAGGGCCGCGACCAGAGCUUCGAAGUCUGUGGCUUGGAGCUCGUCCGAGCUGUGGCCGCGGUACAGCCCCGGACGGUCGUGUGCCUGAACGUGGGAGCAGCAAAGCAGCUGCCGCCACAGCUUCUCAAGGCAGGUGCGGUGCUGGUCUGCUGGCUCGGUGGCCAAGAGGCCGCAGAGGGGCUUGCCAGGGUCUUAUGCGGUGAGGGCUGGGGACCUUCGGGUCGGCUGCCUGCGACCUGGCCCUACAAGCUGGAGGACACAGCGACCGGCAAGAGCUUGAAGCGAUACCCUGGUGUUGGAACUCAGGUCUUCUAUUCCGAGGGUGUUCUGCUGGGACACCGCUGGUUCCAGAGCCAAGGCAUUUCACCUCAAUUCUGCUUCGGCCAUGGCCUCGCCUACACCAGCUUCGAAUACUCAGAUGCAGAACUCAGAGAACUGAGAGGACCCGGACAUCCCGGAGCCGAUGCCAGUGGAGCCAGCGCAUUCAAGCCGGAGGCCGAGCUGGAGCUGAUGGUCCGGAUCCGGAACUCUGGGGCCCGCCCGGGCAAAGAGGUCCUCCAGGUCUUUGCGGAGCGGCGAUCCGGUGCUGACGCGACCUGGCGGCUCCUGCUUGGCUUCACAAAGGUUGCAUUGCAUCCUGGUGAGGUGCAAGUGGCAGCCGUCAAGUUCCUGGCUCGGGAAGCUACGCGACAUUGGUGCGAGAGAAUGCGCACCUGGGUGGUGGAGCCCUGCUGCGAUGUGCUGAUUGCAUCGUCCGGGGAGGAGCAAUGGCGAACCGUGCUGCGAAUUGCUACCCCUGCCACUGCGUGA